GAAGAAGAUCUGUUGCGCAUGUAGGCUGUUGGGCUGGUGUUUUUCCACUCAUGCUACUGUCUAUAAUGGUCACCCAUUUUAAGAGACAAAGGUCAGAAAGAAAAAGCUUAUAAAUUACAUGUAGUCUUGCAAUUCUUUUAUUCAACACUGAGACGUCGCACAAGAGACAAGGGGCUGCACACUGAAAGGAAUAAAAAGGAAAUAACAAUACAGCAUGUCUCAGAAGGAGAAGCUCCAAUGUCUGAAGGAUUUCCACAAGGACACCCUGAAACCGUCUCCUGGGAAGAGCCCCGGGACCAGGCCUGAGGAUGAGGCGGAAGGAAAACAUCCGCAGAGAGAGAAGUGGGCGAGCAAACUCGACUUUGUCCUGUCCGUAGCUGGCGGCUUUGUCGGUUUGGGGAAUGUCUGGCGCUUUCCAUACCUCUGCUAUAAAAAUGGCGGAGGUGCAUUUCUCAUCCCGUACUUCAUUUUCCUGUUUGGUGGAGGUUUGCCUGUGUUUUUCCUGGAGGUUGCCUUAGGCCAGUACACCUCUCAGGGUGGAAUUACCUGCUGGGAAAAGCUUUGCCCCAUCUUUACAGGUAUUGGUUAUGCUUCUAUUGUGAUCGUCUCGUUGCUGAAUGUGUAUUACAUCGUUAUCUUGGCCUGGGGUUUGUAUUACCUGCUCCAGUGCUUUCAACCUGAACUGCCUUGGGCCAAGUGCAGUCAUUCCUGGAAUACAGAUAACUGCAUCGAAGACACCCUCCGCAAAAACAAGAGCCAUUUGAUUGCAGCCAACUUCACCAACUUCAACAACUUCACCUCACCAGUUACUGAAUUCUGGGAACGGAAUGUGCUGAGCAUCUCCAGUGGCAUUGAUGACAUAGGCAUUGUCAAGUGGGACCUUGCCCUGUGUCUCCUGGCUGUCUGGGUCAUCUGUUUCUUUUGCAUUUGGAAGGGAGUCAAAUCUACAGGGAAGGUUGUUUACAUUACUGCAACAUUCCCUUUUGUCAUGCUGAUUGUGCUGUUGAUCCGUGGGGUGACUCUGCCAGGAGCUUCUGAGGGAAUCAAGUUCUAUCUCUAUCCAGACCUCUCCCGCCUGGCAGACCCUGAGGUGUGGAUAGAUGCUGGGACUCAAAUUUUCUUCUCGUAUGCAAUCUGCCUGGGUGCGAUGACAUCACUUGGAAGCUACAACAAAUACAGAUACAACUGCUAUAGGGACUGUUUGCUGCUGGGAGGCCUGAACAGUGGUACCAGUUUUGUGUCUGGCUUCGCAAUAUUUUCCGUCCUGGGCUUCAUGGCACAAGAGCAAGGGGUGGACAUUGCCGAUGUGGCAGAGUCAGGUCCAGGCUUGGCCUUUAUUGCCUACCCUAAAGCAGUGUCGAUGAUGCCACUGCCCACGUUUUGGGCUAUUCUGUUCUUCAUUAUGCUUCUACUGUUGGGCCUCGACAGUCAGUUUGUCGAAGUAGAAGGCCAGAUCACUUCAUUAGUUGAUCUGUACCCAUCCUUCCUAAGGAAGGGUUACCGGCGGGAAAUCUUUAUCGCUAUAGUGUGUUUCCUCAGUUAUAUUCUGGGGCUCGCUAUGGUUACUAAUGGUGGCAUGUACGUGUUUCAACUCUUUGACUACUAUGCAGCCAGUGGUGUGUGCCUUUUGUGGGUUGCAUUCUUUGAAUGCAUUGCUGUAGCCUGGGUUUAUGGCGUUGAUAAUUUCUAUGAUGCGAUUGAAGACAUGAUUGGUUACCGACCAAAUCCCUGGAUGAAAUGGAGCUGGUCUGUGAUCACCCCUGUCCUUUGUAUGGGUUGCUUUAUCUUCUCCUUGGCCAAAUACACGCCAUUGAGGUACAACAAAGUCUAUGAGUACCCAGAGUGGUCAAUUGGGCUGGGUUGGUUCCUGGCUCUUUCGUCUAUGAUCUGUAUCCCGAUGGUCGUUGUCAUCAAGAUCAUUCGGUCUGAUGGACCUCUCCUUGAGCGUAUUAAAGCUGUUGCUGCUCCAGCCAGAGGAGCGAGCUCACGCCCUGCUGACUACCAUGCCAAGAGCAAGGAGAGCGAGAUCCUGGAUCCCAACGGGAACAACAGCGUGAUAAAGCCCACCCACACCAUUGUAGAAACCAUGAUGUGAGCGCUCUCUGUGAGAGGAAUAAAGAUCUGCUUUUCAUGUUAUAUUUGCUAACUGUAGGACCAGGUUUACAUUGCUAUGUAUCUGCACAAUGAUUUCCUUUCUUUUCUACAGGGGAAAUUACAUAUUGUUUCUGUUUUACUAUUUUUUAAUUUUUUUUUUUUUUAUGGCUGUAGUUGAAAGCAUUGAUCUCAUAACAUGAAGCAGAAUUUUUAAAAUAGGUCAUUUUAAAAGGCUUUUUUUUUUUUUUUUUUUUUUUUUUUUACUCCUUUUCUGUAGAUUGUGGAAUCAAAAUGGCUAGGGUAGGGGGAUGGCCAUUUCCAGUAUAUGAACUAAUGUGUAUUGUGUUUGACAGUGACAUUACAAUCUGUCAGUGUGUUUAAGAACGUAAACCUCUUGAAUCAUCAUGUUUUUAUGCUAAAGUGGUAGUAUCCUAUAAUG